GCUCCGCCAUAGAGAUGACCCGGGUGUGUUCUGUGUAGGACUGACCCUGGCAUGGCUACUGCUAGGAAGAGUAAGUAUCUUCCUUGUUUUGUUGAUGCUCUGAGAUUUGUGUGUUUUUCCCUAUUAUGUGGUGUUCAUUGCAAGAAUUUGUAUUUCUAAAGUGUGUUCAAAUUCAAAACAUGGUGCAGCUGAGUUAACCUUAGCCUAAAUCCUUUAUUACUGUUUCUUUAUUCUUCUUCGGGUUGGCAGACAUUGUCGAUGUCUGGAUCAGGUUCCCAUCAGUCUCUCCCUCAUACUGUCUGUUUCCGAAAUGGUAAACUAUUGCCUAGAUCGGUGUUUCCCAAGUAAAAUCAGGUGUGCUUGUCCGGGGCCACGCCAAAAAUAUGUACUGUUAAGGGUACCCGAGGAGCGGAGUUAGUGCACCACUUCUGACUAAAGGCCUAUGGGCCCACUUUCCAAGGGCUCCAUCACUGCUCUUAUGUUUGCUAUCAAAGAUGGAGCCCCCAAAAUCAGGCUUUUCACUGACCGAACAGCACACAGUACUCAAACCUGUAAUAGAUUUUUUGUUUGUGAUUUUGGAGGCUUUGUGGCAGCAUCACAUGAGGUAUUGGCAUGAAGAUGGUAAAGGCUCCCCCCCUCUUUAUUUCUCUCACUCCGCCCCCCCUCUUUCCCUCUCCCCCAUCCCUCUCACCCUUCCCCUAUGUUAUAACAGCACUACAGUAUACAAAUGCUUAGUAAGUGUGUAAUUUAAAGAAGUGAUCAUCAGGAAGGGUACAGAAAACCCCAUAGCAACAUGAGACAAGAGAAAUAAGACCUAGGAGACGGUGGCUGGAAUUCAAUCCAACCCCUACAUGGCAAUGUUUAUGUAUACAAUGUCUUUCUUUACAAUCCACACAUACUACGUAACGUCUUAUUCUGAGAACUACAAUCAUCAAAUUACAGUCUUUGGACGCAUAUAAUUUGAGGGGAUUCUAGUUGUGGGCAAAACCACAAUGUGAACUUUAUUGAAUUAAGCCUGAAGUGUGUCUGAGUCUGUGUGUGACCGACAGUGUGAAUGAAUAUGAUGCACAUGACAGAUAAGCAGGAAGUGUUCAGGGAGCCUCGUAGAAACACAGCAAGAGAACAACAGCUGGGAGACAGGUCACUGUCAUUAAUACCUCCCGUCCCCGUCCCCCUCCCCGUCCCAUCCCCCGAGGAGAUUGGGUCUUUGUGUCUGCACACAAAGAGCUCAGCUCUCCCUGGGUCUUUGUUUCUGCACACACAGAGCUCAGCUCUCCCUGGGUCUUUGUUUCUGCACACAAAGAGCUCAGCUCUCCCUGGGUCUUUGUCCUCACUUUAAUUAAUUAAGCUACAAACUGAAUGAGAGACGGUGUAGAUUUACUUUCUAUUUGGUUUCACCUCAAUGUAUUUUUUAUGUGUCUGGGAUGUUGCCAGUGACAGACAGACAGAUCUGGUCCUUAAAAAAAAAAAGGGAACUGAACUUGGAGAGAACGCCUUAAUAGAGUUGGUUACCAUGAUAUUUUGCCACCCUAACUCUAGGUCUAUAUUUGUUGUCUGAGUAAGCAAAGAGAAUAGACUGUCAUACACAGAGAUCCUAUUGGAUUAUAUUCUAAAAUCAAAUUCUAUUCUGUCGUAGUUAUAACCAUUCCAAUAGAAUCUCUUUUCAAUAAAAUCCUAGGCAGGGACAUAUGAAACCAUAUACACUACCAGUCAAAAGUUUGGACACACCUACUCAAUCAAGGGUUUUUCUUUAUUUUUUACUAUUUUUUUACAUUGUAGAAUAAUAGUGAAGACAUCAAAACUAUGAAAUAACACAUAUGGAAUCAUGUAGUAACCAAAAAAGGGUUAAACAAAUAUAUUUGAGAUUCUUCAAAGUAGCCACCCUUUGCCUUGAUGACAGCUUUGCACACUCUUGGCAGUCUCUCAAUCAGCUUCAUGAGGUAGUAACCUGGAAUGCAUUUCAAUUAACAGGUGUGCCUUCUUAAAAGUUAAUUUGUGGAAUUUCUAACCUUCUUCAUGUGUUUGAGCGAAUAAGUGGUGUUGUGACAAGGUAGGGGGGUAUACAGAAGAUAGCCCUAUUUGGUAAAAGACCAAGUCCAUAUUAUGGCAAGAACAGCUCAAAUAAGCAAAGAGAAACGACAGUCCAUCAUUACUUUAAGACAUGAAGGUCAGUCAAUACGGAAAACUUCAAGAACUAUACGGAAAAUUUCAAAUUUCUUCAAGUGCAGUCGCAAAAACCAUCAAGCGCUAUGAUGAAACUACCACAGGAAUGGACGACUCAGUUACCUCUGCUGGAGAAGAUAAGUUCAUUAGAGUUACCAGCCUCAGAAAUUGCAGCCCAAAUAAAUGCUUCACAGAGUUCAAGUCAGACACAUCUCAACAUCAACUGUUCAGAGGGGACUGUGUGAAUCAGGCCUUCAUGAUCGAAUUGCUGCAAAGAAACCACUACUAAAGGACACCAAUAAGAAGAAGAGACCUGCUUGGGCCAAGUAACACGAGCAAUGGACAUUAGACCGGUGGAAAUGUGUCCUUUGGUCUGGAGUCCAAAUUUGAGAUUUUUGGUUCCAACCGCUGUGUCUUUGUGAGACGCGGUGUGGGUGAAUGGAUGAUCUCCGCAUGUGUAUUUCCCAUCUUAAAGCAUGAAGGCGGAGGUGUUAUGGUGUGGGGGUGCUUUGCUGGUGACACUGUCUGUGGUUUAUUUAGAAUUCAAGGCACACUUAACCAGCAUGGUUACCACAGCAUUCUGCAGCGAUACACCAUCCCAUCUGGUUUGGGCUUAGUGGGACUAUCAUUUGUUUUUCAACAGGACAAUGACCCAACACACCUCCAGGCUGUGUAAGGGCUAUUUGACCAAGAAGGAGAGUGAUGUAGUGCUGCAUCAGAUGACCUGGCCUCCACAAUCCCCCAACCUCAACCCAAUUGAGAUGGUUUUGAAUGAGUCGGACGGCAGAUUGAAGGAAAAGCAGCCAACAAGUGCUAAGCAUAUGUGGGAACUCCUUCAAGACUGUUGGAAAAGCAUUCAAGGUGAAGCUGGUUGAGAGAAUGCCAAGAUUGCGCAAAGCUGUCAUCAAGGCAAAGGGUGGCUAUUUGAAGAAUCUCAAAUAUAAACUUUUUUUUUCUUUUUCUGACAAAUAAAAUCAAUCAGUCAAUCCAAACUGUGCAGCGGCCAAUUGAUGAAUGGAAAGAGACAUCUGUUUAUUGGUUGUGUGGUGCAUUAACACAGAAACCUGAUGGUGGAAAAUGUGUUUGUUGAUUUGAAAUUGAUUUGUUUAACCAUUUUUUGGUUACUACAUGAUUCCAUAUGUUAUUUCAUAGUUUUGACGUCUUCACUAUUAUUCUACAAUGUAGAAAAUUGUAAAAAUAAAGAAAAACCCUUGAAUGAGUAGGUGUGUCCAAACUUUUGGCUGGUACUGUAAAGUUGAUAAGAUUGAAGGUUUAUAUUUUAUUUUUCUUUAAUAUAUUUUAAUAUCCUGUUAAUUUGGACAGCCAUCCACUGCAUAAUGACAUUCUGAGUGUCAUUAAACUCAGUUAUCUUAUUGUCCCAGUGUGUGUAAGUCUAUAUCCUCUCCCUGAAAAAAUAUUUUGUUCCAUGAUGAAAAAAAUAUUUUGUUAAAAUAUGUUGUUGCUCUUGCUUAUAUACUGAACAAAAAUAUAAACGCAACAUACAAUAAUUUUGAAGGUUUUACAGAGAUACGGUUCAUAUAAGGAAAUCAAUCAAUUGAAAUAAAUUCAUUAGGCCCUAAUCUAUGGAUUUCACAUGACUGGGAAUACAGAUAUACAGUGAGGGAAAAAAGUAUUUGAUCCCCUGCUGAUUUUGUACGUUUGCCAACUGACAAAGAAAUGAUCAGUCUAUAAUUUUAAUGGUAGGUUUAUUUGAACAGUGAGAGACAGAAUAACAACAAAAAGAUCCAGAAAAACGCAUGUAAAAAAUGUUAUAAAUUGAUUUACAUUUUAAUGAGGGAAAUAAGUAUUUGACCCCCUCAAUCAGAAAGAUUUCUGGCUCCCAGGUGUCUUUUAUACAGGUAACGAUCUGAGAUUAGGAGCACACUCUUAAAGGGAGUGCUCCUAAUCUCAGCUUGUUACCUGUAUAAAAGACACCUGUCCACAUAAGCAAUCAAUCAAUCAGAUUCCAAACUCUCCACCAGGGCCAAGACCAAAGAGCUCUCCAAGGAUGUCAGGGACAAGAUUAUAGACCUACACAAGGCUGGAAUGCGCUACAAGACCAUCACCAAGCAGCUUGGUGAGAAGGUGACAACAGUUGGUGCGAAUAUUCGCAAAUGGAAGAAACACAAAAUAACUGUCAAUCUCCCUCGGCCUGGGGCUCCAUGCAAGAUCUCACCUCGUGGAGUUGCAAUGAUCAUGAGAACGGUGAGGAAUCAGCCCAGAAGUACACGGGAGGAUCUUGUCAAUGAUCUCAAGGCAGCUGGGACCAUAGUCACCAAGAAAACAAUUGGUAACACACUACGCCAUGAAGGACUGAAAUCCUGCAGCGCCCGCAAGGUCCCCCUGCUCAAGAAAGCACAUAUACAUGCCCGUCUGAAGUUUGUCAAUGAAUAUCUGAAUGAUUCAGAGGAGAACUGGGUGAAAGUGUUGUGGUCAGAUGAGAUCAAAAUGGAGCUCUUUGGCAUCAACUCAACUUGUCGUGUUUGGAGGAGGAGGAAUGCUGCCUAUGACCCCAAGAACACCAUCCCCACCGGCAAACAUGGAGGUGGAAACAUUAUGCUUUGGGGGUGUUUUUCUGCUAAGGGGACAGGACAACUUCACCGCAUCAAAGGGACGAUGGACGGGGCCAUAUACCGUCAAAUCUUGGGUGAGAACCUCCUUCCCUCAGCCAGGGCAUUGAAAAUGGGUCGUGGAUGGGUAUUCCAGCAUGACAAUGACCCAAAACACACGGCCAAGGCAACUAAGGAGUGGCUUAAGAAGAGCACAUUAAGGUCCUGGAGUGGCCUAGCCAGUCUCCAGACCUUAAUCCCAUAGAAAAUCUGUGGAGGGAGCUGAAGGUUUGAGUUGCCAAACGUCAGCCUCGAAACCUUAAUGACUUGGAGAAGAUCUGCAAAGAGGAGUGGGACAAAAUCCCUCCUGAGAUGUGUGCAAACCUGGUGGCCAACUACAAGAAACAUCUGACCUCUGUGAUUGCCAAGAAGGGUUUUGCCACCAAGUACUAAGUCAUGUUUUGCAGAGGGGUCAAAUACUUAUUUCCCUCAUUAAAAUGCAAAUCAAUUUAUAACAUUUUUGACAUGCGUUUUUCUGCUGUCUUGAGAUCAUUGACAAGAUCCUCCCGUGUACUUCUGGGCUGAUUCCUCACCGUUCUCAUGAUCAUUGCAACUCCACGAGGUGAGAUCUUGCAUGGAGCCCCAGGCCGAGGGAGAUUGACAGUUAUUUUGUGUUUCUUCCAUUUGCGAAUAAUCGCACCAACUGUUGUCACCUUCUCACCAAGCUGCUUGGUGAUGGUCUUGUAGCGCAUUCCAGCCUUGUGUAGGUCUAUAAUCUUGUCCCUGACAUCCUUGGAGAGCUCUUUGGUCUUGGCCCUGGUGGAGAGUUUGGAAUCUGAUUGAUUGAUUGCUUCUGUGGACAGGUGUCUUUUAUACAGGUAACAAACUGAGAUUAGGAGCACUCCCUUUAAGAGUGUGCUCCUAAUCUCAGAUCGUUACCUGAAUAAAAGACACCUGGGAGCCAGAAAUCUUUCUGAUUGAGAGGGGGUCAAAUACUUAUUUCCCUCAUUAAAAUGCAAAUCAAUUUAUAACAUUUUUGACAUGCGUUUUUCUGGAUCUUUUUGUUGUUAUUCUGUCUCUCACUGUUCAAAUAAACCUACCAUUAAAAUUAUAGACUGAUCAUUUCUUUGUCAGUGGGCAAAGUACAAUAUCAGCAGGGGAUCAAAUAAUUUUUUCCCUCACUGUACAUCUGUUUGUCACAGAUGCCUUCAAAAACAAAAAUUAGGGGCGUGGAUCAGAACCAGUCAGUUUCUGGUGUGACCACCAUUUGCCUUUGCAUAGAGUUGAUCAGGCUGUUUCCCACUCCUCUUCAAUGGCUGUGUGAAGUUACUGGAUAUUGGUGGGAACUGGAACAUGCUGUCGUACACGUCGAUCCAGAGCAUCCCAAACUUGCUCAAUAGGUGACAUGUCUGGUGACUAUGCAGGCCAUGGAAGAAUUUGGACAUUUUCAGCUUUCAGGAAUUGUGUACAGAUCCUUGCGACAUGGGGCCGUGCAUGAUCAUGCUGAAACAUGAGGUGAUGGUGGCGGAUGAAUGGCACGACAAUGGGCCUCAGGAUCUCGUCACGGUAUCUCUGUGUAUUCAAAUUGCAAUCGAUAUAAUGCCAUUGUGUCCGUUGUCCAUAGCUUACAUCUGCCCAUACCUUAACCCCACUGCCACCAUGGGGCACUCUGUUCACAACGUUGACAUCAGCAAACCGCUCGCCCACACGACGCCAUACAUGUGGUCUGCGGUUGUGAGGCCGGUUGGACGUACAGCCAAAUUCUCUAAAAUGACAUCGGAGGCGGCUUAUGGAAGAUAAAUGAACAUUAAAUUAUCUGACAACAGCUCUGGUUGACAUUCCUGCAGUCAGCAUGCCAAUUGUUAGCUCCCUCAACAUUUGAGACAUCUGUGGCCAUGUUUUGUGUCACAAAACUGCACAUUUUAGAGUGGCCUUUUAUUGUACCCAGCACAAGGUGCACCUGUGUAAUGAUCAUGCUGUUUAAUAAGCUUCUUGAUAUGCCACAGCUGUCAGGUGGAUGGAUUAUCUAGGCAAAGCAGAAAUGCUCACUAACAUGCAUGUAAACAAAUGUGUGCACAACAUUUGAGAUAAGCUUUUUGUGCAUAUGGAACAUUUCUGGGAUCUUUUAUUUCAGCUCAUGAAACAUGGGACCAACACUUUACAUGUUGUGUUCAUAUUUUUGUUCAGUGUAAGAGGGAUCCCAGUUUCCCAGACAUUUGAAGGCACCAGAAUGACAAGCACCCCGGACAGGCAGAAAAUAAAUGGGUUUACAAUCAAAACAUUCAAGUUGCCAUGUUCUUCUCGCUUGCAUAAGAGAAUAGCUUGCAUAGGGAACUGUUGUACCAGAGGCCCUUGCAAUUUGUGUGUGCAGGCGUGUGUUUGUGUCUGUAAGUGUGAUUUUGCCUGUGUGUGUGAAGUGUAGAAGUGUACAGUGGCUUGCGAUAGUAUUCACCCCAUUUUUCCUAUUUUGUUGCCUUACAACCUGGAAUUAAAAUUGAUUUUGGGGGGGGGGGGGGGGGGGGGUUUGUAUCAUUUCAUUUACACAACAUGCCUACCACUUUGAAGAUCUAAAAUAUUUUUGGGUGUGAAACAAGCAAGAAAUAAGACAAAAUAACUGACAUUGAGCGUGCGUAACUAUUCAUCCCCCCAAAGUCAAUACCUUUUGCAGCAAUUACAGCUGCAAGUCUCUUGGUAUGUCUCUAUAAGCUUGGCACAUCUAGCCACUGGUAUUUUUGCCCAUUCCUCAAGGCAAAACUGCUCUAGCUCCUUCAAGUUGGAUGGGUUCCGCUGGUGUACAGCAAUCUUUUAAGUCAUACCACAGAUUCUCAAUUGGAUUGAGGUCUGGGCUUUGACUAGACAAUUCCAAGACAUUUAAAUUAGGGGUGUAACGAUUCGUUUUAACAACGAUUCGAUUUGUAUCACGAUUCGUGGUUGUCGAUACGAUUCAAGGACGAUAUUGGUUCAUUUAGAACGAUACGAUCCGAAACGAUUCAGUGACUUGAAAUCGAUUCAAUAACCUUUUAGCCAAAAAUUCAACCAGUGUGACUGAAAUAAAUACCUGGAUACUGGACAGUGCAGGUGAAGUUUCCUAGAUUCCUGUUUCUUGUAAGGACCGCAAUGGUGGCUUGAUAAUUUCUCGCUCGUCGGCUUCUCCUCUGUCGUCCGCCAUGCUAUGUUUUGUUGUCUUUGCGCUUUUGCGCUGCUGCUGGCGCGGGGCGAUGACGUCACGGAUAGGCAGACUGAAUCGAGUAAUGUUUAAAGCCUUUAUCAUUAAAAGUGCUAAGAAAAAACAUCCAUAUAAAGUCUGACGUGCUUAAAUCCAAUGGGUUAUUUCCUAGUAUCGAUACAAUCGAUUUAUUACAUUUUAAAACGAUGUUAGAUUGAUACAUGUUGUCCAAAAGGCCAACUCGCCGAGCACAGAUCGAUGUAGUUGGAUCAUAGGAAUAUAAAUCGAUACAUCGAUGUAGUAGAUGGAUCGUUACACCCCUAAUUUAAAUGUUUCCCCUUAAACCACUUGAGUGUUGCUUUAGUAGUAUGCUUAGGGAUCAUUGUCCUGCUGGAAGGUGAACCUCCGUCCCAGUCUCAAAUCUCUGGAAGACUGAAACAGGUUUCCCUCAAGAAUUUCCCUGUAUUUAGCGCCAUCCUUCAAUUCUGACCAGUUUCCCAGUCCCUGCCGAUGAAAAACAUUGAUUCUGUUCUUGGGGUGAUGAGAAGUGUUGGGUUUGCACCAGACAUAGCGUUUUCCUUGAUGGCCAAAAAGCUCAGUUUUAGUCUCAUCUGACCAGAGUACCUUCUUCCAUAUGUUUGGGGAGUCUCCCACAUGCCUUUUGGCGUACACCAAACGUGUUUGUUUAUUUUUUUCUUUAAGCAAUGGCUUUGUUCUGGCCACUCUUCCGUAAAGCCCAGCUCUGUGGAGUGUACGGCUUAAAGUGGUCCUAUGGACAGAUACUCCAAUCUCCGCUGUGGAGCUUUGCAGCUCCUUCAGGGUUAUCUUUGGUCUCUUUGUUGCCUCUCUGAUUAAUGCCCUCCUUGCCUGGUGCGUGAGUUUUGGUGGCAGCCCUCUCUUGGCAGGUUUGUUGGUGGUGCCAUAUUCUUUCAAAUUUUGAAUAAUGGAUUUAAUGGUGCUCCGUGGGAUGUUCAAAGUUUCUGAUAUUUUUUUAUAACCCAACCCUGAUCUGUACUUCUCCACAACUUUCUCCCUGACCUGUUUGGAGAGCUCCUUGGUCUUCAUGGUGCCGCUUGCUUAGUGGUGCCCCUUGCUUAGUGGUGUUGAAGACUCUGGGGCCUUUCAGAACAGGUGUAUAUAUACUGAGAUCAUGUGACAGACCAUGUGACACUUAAAUUGCACACAGGUGGACCUUAUUUACAUUUACGUCAUUUAGCAGACGCUCUUAUCCAGAGCGACUUACAAAUUGGUGCAUUCAACUUAUGAUAGCCAGUGGGACAACCACUUUUAUUUUUUAUAUUUUUUUAUGGGGGGUAGAAGGAUUACUUUUAUACUAUUCCAGGUAUUCCUUAAAGUGUCUCCGGAAGGUGGUCAGUGACUCCGCUGUCCUGGCAUCGUGGGGGAGCUUGUUCCACCAUUGGGGUGCCAGAGCAGCAAAUAGCUUUGACUGGGCUCAGCGGGAACUGUGCUUCCGUAGAGGUAGGGUGGCUAGCAGGCCAGAGGUGGAUGAACGUAGUGCCCUCUUUGGGUGUAGGGUCUGAUCAGAGCCUGAAGGUAAGGAGGUGUCGUUCCCCUCACAGCUCCGUAGGCAAGCCCCAUGGUCUUGUAGUAGAUGCGAGCCUCAACUGGAAGCCAGUGGAGUGUGCGGAGGAGCGGGGUGACAUGAGAGAACUUGGGAAGGUUGAACACCAGACGGGCUGCAUCGUUCUGGAUAACUUGUAGGGGUUUAAUGGCACAGGCAGGGAGCCCAGCCAACAGCGAGUUGCAGUAAUCCAGACGGGAGAUAACAAGUGCCUGGAUUAGGACCUGUGCCGCUUUCUGUGUAAGGUAGGGUCGUACUCUGCGAAUGUUGUAGAGCAUGAACCUGCAGGAUCGGGUCACUGCUUUGAUGUUAGCAGAGAACGACAGGGUGUUGUCCAGGGUCACGCCAAGGUUCUUUGCACUCUGGUAGGAGGACACAAUGGAGAUGUCAAGUUGUCAGGUUCUGCUUGAGGUGGUGAUCCGACAUCCACACUGAUAUGUCUGCCAGACAUGCAGAGAUGCGAUUCACCACCUGGUUAUCAGAAGGGGGAAAGGAGAAAAUUAAUUGUGUGUCGUCUGCGUAGCAAUGAUAGGAGAUACCAUGUGAGGAUAUGACAGAGCCAAGUGACUUGGUGUAUAGAGAGAAUAGGAGAGGGCCUAGAACUGAGCCCUGGGGGACCCCAGUGGUGAGAGCACGUGGUGCGGAGACAGAUUCUCACCACGCCACCUGGUAGGAACGACCUGUCAGGUAGGACGCAAUCCAAGAGUGAGCAGCGCCGGAGAUGCCCAACUCGGAGAGGGUGGAGAGGAGGAUCUGAUGGUUCACAGUAUCAAAGGUCUAGAAGGAUAAGAGCAGAGGAGAGAGAGUUAGCUUUAGCAGUGCGGAGAGCCUCCGUGAGACAGAGAAGAGCAGUCUCAGUUGAAUGACCAGUCUUGAAACCUGACUGGUUUGGAUCAAGAAGGUCAUUCUGAGAGAGAUAGCAGGAGAGUUGGCUAGAGAUGGCACGCUCAAGAGUUUUGGAGAGAAAAGAAAGAAGGGAUACUGGUCUGUAGUUGUUGACAUCGGAGGGAUCGAGUGUAGGUUUUUUGAGAAGACUGAAGGGACAUAGCCAGCGGUCAAGGAUUAGUUGAUGAGCGAGGUGAGGUAAGGGAGAAGGUCUCCGGAAAUGGUCUGGAGAAGAGAGGAGGGGAUAGGGUCAAGUGGGCAGGUUGUUGGGCGGCCGGCCGUCACAAGUCGUAAGAUUUCAUCUGGAGAGAGAGGGGAGAAAGAAGUCAAAGCAUAGGGUAGGGCAGUGUGAGCAGGACCAGCGGUGUCAUUUGACUUAAUAAAUGAGGAUCGGAUGUCGUCAACCUUCUUUUUCAAAAUGGUUAACAAAGUUAUCCAUAGAGGGGGAGGAGGAGGAUGAUUCAGCAGGGAGGAGAAGGUGGCAAAGAGCUUCCUAGGGUUAGGGUUAUUUAACUAAUUAUGUGACUUCUGAAGGUAAUUGGUUGCAUCAGAUCUUAUUUAGGGGCUUCAAAGCAAAGGGGGUGAAUACAUAUGCACGCACCACUUUUCUGUUAUUUUUUUUUUAGAAUUUUUUGCAACAAGUUAUUCUUUUCAUUUCACUUCACCAAUUUGGACUGUUUUGUGUAUGUCCAUUACAUGAAAUCCCCCCCCCCCAAAAUCCAUUUUAAUUACAUUUACAUUUUACAUUUUAGUCAUUUAGCAGACGCUCUUAUCCAGAGCGACUUACAGUUAGUGAAUACAUUUUUUUUAUUUUUAUACUGGCCCCCCGUGGGAAUCGAACCCACAACCCUGGCGUUGCAAACGCCAUGCUCUAUCAACUGAGCUACAUCCCUGCCGGCCAUUCCCUCCCCUACCCUGGACGACGCUGGGCCAAUUGUGCGCCGCCCAUGAGUCUCAAUUACAGGUUGUAAUGCAACAAAAUAGGAAAAACGCCAAGGGGGAUGAAUACUUUUGCAAGGCCCUGUAUAUGUGACUGUGUCAGUGCUGUGACUGAAGGUGUGUGUGUGUGUCAACACUGUUGUUUAUGUAUACUAAAGUAGUUGUUCUCUCCUCAGGCUCUGCGGCAAAGGCGGGGGGCGUCAGUUUCUCAGAAGAGCCAGCCACCGCUACUGAUGGCACUCCCUCCCAUGUCCACUUUGACAAGAAGCUCCACGACUCUGUCGUCAUGGUGAUCCCUCAGCCCGAUGGGAACUUCAUGGUCAAGGUGGGUUUGGUUUUUGGAUUGGCGAAUUUAACAUGUCUGACGUGACAAUAACCAUAACAGUUGGGCAAAACGGCACACCCAGAGAGCUAGGAUACUCUGAAACUUACCCCUUAAUCUCAAGUGGUCCCCCAGUCCUCCUCCUUUACUUGGAAAAGUCAGUACAGCCAGUGUUGCCAUUGUGAACUACGAGGAGUUGACCAUGUAUGACAACUAAGGGGAGGAGACAAGCUCUCUGCUAGUCUCUGUUCUUAAGGUUUAGUUCCACAUAUGCCAGAUAGAUCUCUCCUUACUACCUGCUCCAAUAGCCCUCCAACCAUCAACUGUUCACGUUAGGGCCCUAAGUUUAUCCUGACCAUGUGACCUGUCCAAGAAAAACGAAAUCAGCUACUCUUCCUGGGCUCCAUAGUUAGUGGACCCCAGGAAUUGUAGCUGCUGCAUGAGCAACAGCUAAGGGGGAUCCUAGUAAACUAAACUAAUCUACACUUCGCUAGUAGAUAGCCACAUUCUUUUGACUGUUUUGCCAAGUUGGCUAUACAGCACAAGGAGAUGUGGAACCAGGCAUAGAAGUGGAUCAGAGAACUUCUGUUGUCUCUGCAGCACAGUAACAGUAGGCGUGGGCAGUAUGACUGUGCUGUUCUGACCAGCCUUUUAUUCCACUGCCCUGGUGUGGGAAGCAGGGUCCACCAGACAGACGACAGGGUUGAAUUUGCCGUGUGUCUGAAGUUCUCAGCUACACCCUAGGAACCGCAGGGUUGCCAUGGAACAGGGGCCGGAGGGGAGGGGAGGGGAGGGGGGGGGGGGGGACCAACCAUAGCCAGAGCCGCUCCUGGCAACCGGGGCUUGUGUAGAUCAGAUGUGGUGGGAUGUAGUGUGUGGGUUGGUUGGAGACGGACGGUAUGCUGCAUAGCUGUAUAAUCAAAGCACUGGAUUUGUUUGUUGUUGUGUUUCUUUCACUCUCUUCCCUACCUAUCUUCUUCACUUGUUCUGUGUUUGGUUUGACGUGGUUAGAGGAUCAUGUGAGGCUUGGGUUGCUUGUUUGAGGCAUUCGAGACUGAGGGUUAUCUAUUGGCUCCUCUCUCUCUCUCUCUCUCUCUCUCUCUCUCUCUCUCUCUCUCUCUCUCUCUCUCUCUCUCUCUCUCUCUCUCUCUCUCUCUCUUGCUCUUUUCUCCCUCCUUAUCUCUUCUCGUGGAGCGCAAGUAAAAAAAGCUGCUUUUUUUUCAUCUUCACACACUCUCUUUAUCUCUUUUGUGCAUUGUAUCAUUUUCAUGAAAUUACAUUUACAUUUUAGUCAUUUAGCAGACGUUCUUAUCCAGAGCGACUUACAGUUAGUGAAUACAUAUAUAUUUUUUCGAACCCACAACCCUGGCGUUGCAAACACCAUGCUCUAUCAACUGAGCUACAUCCCUGCCGGCCAUUCCCUCCCCUACCCUGGACGACGCUGGGCAAAUUGUGCGCCGCCCAUGAGUCUCCCGGUCGCGGCCGGCUGCGACAGAGCCUGGAUUCGAACCAGGAUCUCUAGUGGCACAGUUAGCACUGCGAUGCAGUGCCUUAGACCACUGCGCCACUCAGGAGUAAUCACAUGAACCAGACAGGAUGUUUAUCAGAGAGAGAAAAGCACGUUUAUUUUUGUCAUCAGAUGAAACAUAAGGAUGUGCAUGUUCAAAACCGGAAGCUUCUUUGCAGGGUAGAGCUAAUUCUCUUUUAUUGCUAGAAAAUGCUUUUCCUGUGCAUUUGUCUGUAUUGUGAAUGAAUCGUCUCUUUUUCUGUCUCCCGUCCAUCUCUCUCUCUCUCUCUUUCUCUCUCUCUCUCUCUCUCUCUGUGUCGCUCUCUCUUUCACCCUUUCUCCCUCAGGUUGGUUUUCUGAAGACCCAGCACAAGUAUGAGAUUGUCUUCGACCUCCCUGAGGUUCCAUCACUGGGGAAGGACGUGUGUCCAGCUGCUAUACCCAACCCUCACAUCUGCAUCACCGAUAUCAUUCCUGUAGCAGAGGGUAUGUCAGAGUCUUGGUCAAGCCAGCCUCAGCCCUAGUCCCUGUCCCAGUCCCACCCGUUAAUCUAACCCCAGACUCCAGCCCCAGCUACCUCGACCUAGCUCAUGCUUCAGUUUUACCGUAGCUGUCAGCACAACCCCCAGAUACAACCUUUGCCCUAUACCCAGACAUAAUCCCAACCCUUUAGAAAUCCACUGAUCUUUAUCCAGUCUCCAGUUUACCAGACCUUCAUAUCAGUAAUUCUUUAUAGUAGCUGUUCAUCUAAUAUGUACAGGAAACACUGAAAGAUUGUCACUCCAUGACAGAAACCGAAUCAGGAAAUUCUUUAACUGUUUUCCUAACAUCCCCCAGGGGGUUUCUGUAGUUCGUAAUGAGGGUUUUUAUUACCACUCACUCACUACAGUAGUUUGUUCUAACAUUGACUUGAGUUCGUUGCGCCAUUCCAUUCCACCAUCUGCUGGGAUACCAUGACCUUCUACUUUAAUCCCCGUGCCCUUAUGUGACCUCUUGGACUCCCUCUGUGUGUGUGUGUGUUAUUUGUAGUGUUUGCCAGCUGUGUUAAUGUGUUUGACCCCAGAGUUUUUCCACUCUGGUUGACAUUUCACUCCCCUGGCCCUGUGUGUGUCUGGCCUCUGUCCACUCAGAAAAAAGAUAGAGGGAGAAGUAAACAAUGAUUUGAGUUUUUUGUAGUCAUAACAAGCACCUCCCCCUCCCCCCCCACCAGGUGGUCUGAGAGUGACGUGUGAGUACAUGGCCCACCAGGAGGGGGUGCUGUGUGAGGAGGUGAUGCUGGUCAGUGAGAGCCAGGAGGACGUCUGUGUGGGGGUCAAGGUUCAAGCCCGCGUAAUGGGUAAGUGUAGGGGGAAGUUGUACCUAGACUCUGAUCUUGGGUCAUUUUUGCAGUUUUUCCCCACUCAUGGUUAAGAUUGGGAUUGAGGAAGGAUAACCUGAUCCUAGAUCUGUACCAAGGGGAAACUUCACCCCGCAGCGGGUAAGUCUACAGUUACACCCAUGAUAACAAAACCAAUUCGUUCCAAGUCGUCUUUAUUGCAGUCACACUGUGCAGGUGAUCAGAUCUCGCAAUGCCUGGAGAAGUGUUUAGCGACCAAAAUGAUAUAGCAGUACUUUAAGAUGUGAGCAUGCAUAGAUCUCAGAAGAUUGCUAUAUCAUGUCAGUGUGGUUCCUGAGAUGUUAAAUACUUAUCCAGGCAUUGUGAGAUCUGCACACAUUUUGCAACUAAAACGAGAGUAGUCAAGUUUUAGUCUAACGAGAGUAGUCACCACUUUUCAUGCAACUAAAACUUGUAGUCACCACUUUCAUUAGAAACGUACUUUCCAGUGUGAUGCAAUGUUCUGUCCGUCCUUAAAAUGAGUACAUGUGUUGUAUUGUAUUGUUGUGUCAUGCUGUAUGUGCUCUGUAGAGGUAGUGGUUCUCAAACCUCUCCUCUGGGAUCCAAAGCCGUUCUAUGUAUUUUAACUAUUCCAGAUCUAAUACACCUGAUUUAACUUGUCAACUAAUCAUCAAACCCUUGAAUAUGUGAAUUAGGUGAGCUAGUUCAGGGAUACAAUUAAAUGAUGAAAUGUCUGAGGUCCUUGAGGAGAGGUUUGGGAACCACUGCUGUACAGUGAACCCUCAUAAUUUACUGUGUAGACAACAGUGCUGAAAACCAACUGCUUUCUCUAAUAAUAGCAUUUCUAAAUAAGGGAAAGGGAAGGGCAAACCUAGUCAGUUGCACAACUGAACGCAUUCGACCGAAAUCUGUCAGUUAUUUCUGGGUGUGUCAAUGUAGUUUUACUGUAGCCAACUAGUCAUUGUCUUCCCCAAACAAGGCAAGGCAAUGGUGUAGUGUUGUUGAAUUGAGUAACGGUCUAGCACCUAGGAGUCUGAUAUUGCUCCUUAACAAUUCAUUUUUGGAUAAAGAGGUUGCGAACAAUUAUGUAGUAGUGUGCUGUUGCCACCUGCUGGUGAGUCUGAGCAGCAUGGGUUAAGCAUCACUGAUGACUUCAAUAAUGUGAUAAUCUGAGGACAACGAAGUGAAUCACACAUAAAUGGGGAGCUUAUAAUUGGUAAAAUAAUUGUACUGUAUUAAAUGUGACUGAUUUGAUUAUAAUCACUGCAUCUCGUUCUUCCUGUUAGCUACUGGAGUUGCAGCCGUUUUCCUUCUCUGUAACACACUGUGGCUUUGACUGACUACUUUCAUUGUCUGGAAGCUAUCAAUAGAGUCUGUCACGAUGAUUCACUUUGGAACCUAACACCAACCCCAUAAUUAAUUUGCUUUCAACAGAAAUGUAUUGUCUUAUUUAUUCAUUUUCAGUCAUUUAUGUUUUUAAAUGACAACCGUGUGCGAAACAUUUGUGUCAGACAGCUACACAAGUAGAUGGGUAGUGGGGAGCGUUUGUAUUCACAUGCAGCGUCACAAAUGGCACCCUACUACCUAUUUAGUGUGCUACUUUUGACCAGAGACCUAUGGGCCCUGGUCAAAAGUAGUGCACUACAUAGGGAAUAGGGUGUGAUUUGGGACGCAGAUACAGAGUGGAGAGGCGAACAUGAACAUCUGUAGGCAGGCAGAGGAGGGAAGGGGGUGUAGUGUGUGUGUGUGUGUGUGUGUGUGUGUGUGUGUGUGUGUGUGUGUGUGUGUGUGUGAAAGCUUUCGUGGAGGGGCCGAGAAACAGAUCACACAGCUUAAUUCCUUUUGGGCUUUACUGACUCUCUCUCACCCUACUUUACUAGCAACACACUGUAAUUGAGGACUGGCACUGGUCUGAUGAUGUAGACUAAAACCAUUUCUGAGAAAUAACCUAAUGGUAUUUUAUCUCUCUCUCCCUCUCUCUAUCUUUCUCUCUCUCCCCCUCAUUCUUUCUCUCCCUUUUUUUAUUUUCUCUGUUUCUCUCCCUCUUCUUUUUCUCUCUCUCUUUCUCUCCCCCUCUCUCUCUCCCUGUUUUUCAGACCGUCACCAUGGUACACCCAUGUUGUUGGAAGGUGUGCGUUGUGUGGGAGUGGAGCUGGAGUAUGACUCUGAACAGAGUGACUGGCAAGGAUUUGACUAGACCAGGCAAUGCAAGACACACACACCUUCAAACAGAAAAGACAGUGCCACAUAUAUUGGCAUUCACCAUCCACUCUGCUCCGAACUAUCACUGACCAUUCAAGAUGUUUUGGUCCAAAAGGAGGAUAAAAUUAUGAAAUGGACAGUGGUUCUUCUUUUAAAGCAAGGCUAAUGUGAUCAGAUCUCUGAGCAUACCUCCAGUAUAGUUAGUUUAUACAUCUGAAAUGAUUCUGAAACAGGUACUGUUUUUUAAUUGUCAUUAGUACUGCAAUGACAUACCCAACUGCCCACGCCUUUCCACUGAGUGCCCCUAUGUUGUGUUGAAUAUGUUUUCUGAGUAAACCUAUAGGGGGCAGCAAAGCUCAUGUAAUCAAUUCAGCCCAAUUUCACCCAGCCUGACCUCAAAAGUACCAAUAGAGGUCGACAAAGACCACUAAAUGUAUCCCUCCCAUCUGAAUC